CCCCCCCCCCCCCCCCCCCCACACUUGCACCCCCAAUCUCUCAGCCUUUUGCUGUGGUCACGCCUUGUUCCUACUACCUACUACUACCGCUACUACUACUACUACUACGACUACGUCUACUACUAGGUAGCGGUGGACCUCUUGUCUCUCUCCAUCAAGUCCCAGCGCUGCCACUACUACUAAUACCGCUACAAGGCGCCUAUUUUCUAUUUUCCUCCCCUCCAUAUUCGUCUCUCUUCUAUCAUCGUCAACUAUUUAUCAUUACCAUCACCAUUACCAUUACCAUUACCACCACCACUACAACUAUCACUACUUCUCCUGCACUCUACCAGGAGAUACAAGGCAUCCAAAAUACCUCUUAGCUUGCCCACUGUCAUCCCGGUGUAAAUGCCACGGCCAUCCACUGCAGUAGAUUUCUCGAAUCUGCUGAACCCGCAGGUUGACGACUCAAAGAAGCGGCCUGCUUCUGCUACAACUCUGACUUCCUCCCCUUCUUCAACGACGAUGACAACAACAACAACAACCUCUCCCUCAACUCCUACCACUACCACUCCAGCCAUGGCCUCUUCCACAGUCAGCCUGUUACCGCCGUUGGCAAAAGGUGGCCGUGCAAGCGGUGAAGAACCACGACAAAGCCUCCCUCGCCCGUACAAGUGUCCUCUUUGUGACCGUGCUUUCCACCGCCUGGAACACCAGACACGCCACAUCCGCACCCAUACCGGAGAGAAGCCACAUGCCUGCCAGCAUCCAGGCUGUUCCAAGCGGUUUAGCCGGUCAGACGAACUCACCCGCCAUUCUCGCAUCCACAACAAUCCAAAUUCGAGGAGAAGCCACAAGGCUGCCCACCACCAACAACAGCAGCAGCAGCAGCAGCAACAACAGCAACAACAGCAACACAUUGCUCCCACCACCACAAGAGCGGAUAGACCACACACCACCGCAAACUCCCCGUCGAGGGAUAUGAUGCCUCCCCCUGGUAAACCCAUGACCAGGUCAGCACCUGUCUCGCAGGUGGGCUCGCCAAAUGUGUCUCCGCCGCAUUCGUACACCAACUACGCUUCGCACAUGCGAUCCAGCCUAGGUCCCUACAGCAGAGGUGUAUCCGAGAGACCGUCGACCACUAUGGAUAUCAACAUGCUAGCCACCGCAGCAUCACAGGUAGAACGCGAUGACCACUCAUCAGGAUACCACCUCUCUCCACACCAGGUCCGCAGCAGCCUGUACAACACUACCAGCCAAAGACCACAUCACUACCACCACCACCAUAACACCAGCGGCCGCCUACCUUCUCUCUCCGCCUACGCACUCUCCCACUCCAUGGCCCGCUCUCACUCCCACGACGACGAAGACUACAGCCACCGCGUCAAACGCUCCCGCCCUUCCUCUCCAAAUUCCACCGCUCCUUCGUCCCCCACCUUAUCCCAUGACUCGCUCUCCCCAACCCCAGACCACACUCCGCUAGCAACCCCUGCCCACUCACCCCGUCUCCGACCAUUCGGGAGCAGCGACCUCCAACUCCCCUCCAUCCGCCAUCUAUCUCUCCAUCACACCCCAGCUCUGGCACCUAUGGAGCCACAGACCGACGGCAUGAACCAUAUGAACAAUCACUACGUUUCCCCUCAGCAUAUAGGACCCAGCAUCAGUGACAUCAUAUCCCGCACAGAUGGAACGCAGCGCAAGCUCCCGGUCCCUCAGAUCCCCAAGGUUGCUGUGCAUGAUAUGCUAAAUCCUGGAAGUGGGUUUUCCUCGGGCAAUUCAUCGGUCACGGGAUCGAUAGCCGGUGGUGAUUUGGGGGAGCGUUAUUAAACCCACCCGCCAAAAAAAUAAAAAUGAAAAUAAAAAUAUAAAAAAUAAAAAGAACAGAAAAACAGAAAAACAAAAAGAAAAAGAAAACAAAAAGAAAAAGAAAACAAAAAGAAACAAAAAGAAACAAAAAAGACGAAUACGUUACACCUUGCCUUUUUUUUUUUUUUUUUAGAAUAAUCUUUAGACGGUGGAGUAGAAAACUUGAACUUUACAUAUAGAUUGGGGAGGGUGGAAACAUUUUGGAUUUCUCCUCUUUUUUUCCUUUGCCUCUCACGAAAACUUGUCUUUGCAGGGUUAUCUUUCCUAUUUGUCUAACUCCUUCUCUUUCCCGUCUUUUUUGUUGGUUUGCUUUGCCGGUGCUUUCAGCGAUGCUUCGUUCGGAGUCCAAAAAACUAUAGACGGAUGGGAUUAAAUUUGCUGGGAUUUUCAUUUACAAUCACGCUUGGAUUUUUUUUUUUCCCCUUCUACUUUUCUUCCAUUGUUUUGCUAAUAAAUUUCUUUUCUUCUCUUUCCUCUUUUUUGUUUUCAUUUCAAGCUUCUCUCUACUCUCAUGACUCUAUAUAUUUUUGCCUUGUUCAGCUUUUUUUUUUUGGCAUUGGAAAGACUUUUUGAAGAAAGAGAAAAAAUAAAAUCACACAUGUUCUUCCCUCUUCUUUUGAAUCCAUUUUGCUUUCGGAAAGGCGAAAAGGAAAAAGCAAAAACUAUAUUUUACAAAAAUUUUAAUGCGCAGAGAGAAAUGGACUCGAGAUAUAUAUAAUAUUUCAUGACUUGAAUGAAGCGAGUCCAAAAAGGGGAAAAGGGGGAAGAUGUGAGUUUCAGCUGAUUGAUUGACUGAUUGAUUGAUUGAUUCUCUCUUCUCUUUCUUUUUUCAUUUUUGAAAUUAAUAGAAAACAUCUUCUCUCUUAAUAAUAAUCUAUCUAUAUAGAAAAUAAAUAAUCAGAAGAAUUUUAUUGUAUGAUUAUUGCCGCAUUAUACAUCUAUCGUCCGGGUAUGUACGGUAUUGUACCGAGGUAUACUGUGUAGCUAAC